GUAUGAUGUGAGAGGAUUUUUCAUAUUAACAUUUGCCUACCGAUCAACACUUCCCAGACAAAUUCGAAUGUUUGGUUUAAACAUGGGAGAAAAUCACUUGGAAGUAGCCUGUGGCACUGGAACUCUUUUAGAGUAUAUUUUAAAUUGGCGUAGACGAAAGCAACUACCUCACAUCCAAAUAACAUGUGUAGAUUAUGCAGAGAAGAUGUUACAAGGUGCCAAACAUCGUUUCGCCAAUCAAUCUGACAUGAAAUUCCUCAAAGCAGAUGCAGCAAACAUGUCAGACUUCUCAGAUGAACUAUUUGACACUCUCAACAUUGCAAAUUCCAUUCAUUGUCUUCCACAAGUUGUUGAAUCUUUCCAGGAAAUGUUUCGUGUCUUAAAAUCAGGUGGAAUUCUAUGUGGAAAUGUAUUGUUACAUGCACGUGGUUGGUUUCCAUUCAAACAAAUUGCCAAUUCCAUAAAUAGAUGGGGAGAAAGGAGAGGAAUUCUGGUGACACCCUAUUCAGAGGAUGGCAUUGUGGAAAUUGUAAAGCAAGUUGGAUUUGUAGUUUUGGUGAGGGAAGUUCAUGGAAAUUGUUUGGAAUUGACUUUACAAAAACCGAAAAAUGAUGCGAAUGUUGUUGCUCAGAAACAACAAGUGAGUUCUGUGAGUUCUGUAUCCAUUGAAGUUGAAAUAGGGCAAAUAAAUUAAGC